ACUUCGCUCCAAUGGGAAAAGCCGCUGGCUCCGACAAUAAAUGAUCUGUGUGUGAUCUUACUCAGGAACACGCCAAACCUCUCUCAAUACAGAAGAGGGGUCGUGUUUGCCAAUCUGAAAAGGGGAUACAAUUUAUUUUUAUUUUUUUACUCAGCUCUGAUACGUUGUUCAUUGUUCAUUCUUUGGACUUGUAAACAUAAUUGCGCGAAUUUAGUUUUUUUGCGAUUAGAAGCAGCAAGUUGUACAAAACGGACAUGCUUGUUGGUGAAUCAGAAGAAAAAAAAAGGCGCCCAAAUCUAUCUUUUGUGGUGGUGUAUGCAUGGAUCCUGGCUCUGUGCUGGAACUAGAUCGUAUGGCAAUGGGCACACACGCGUUAAACAUGUUUCCGAUGAUCAGUACUUUUAUUGCACCAGGGAGUCGAGGAUAAGAACGUGUUCGUUUUGGCUACUGUGAUACGUUCAUUACUGUUUGUUUUUAACUGGUACUGCCACUGGCGAUGUUCUGAGUUCGGUUCCGAUUGAAUGAUAACAGCUAGAACUGAAACAAUGCCGGUUCUGAAUAGAUACAACCUGGUGGACGACGCUGGUGACUCGAGAGUUCCUUUGCAUAACGAGGAAGCUUACCAACAUGGGAUCAAUUUUCAGGCUAAGUACGUCGGGAGCCUGCAUGUGCCAAGGCCAAACAGCCGUGUGGAAAUCGUGGCUUCAAUGAGAAGGAUCAGGUACGAGUUCAAAGCCAAGAAUAUCAAGAAGAAGAAAGUGAGCAUCAUUGUGUCGGUGGACGGGGUCAAGGUGAUGCUGAGAAAAAAACAGAAGAGAAAAGAAUGGACAUGGGAUGAAAGCAGAAUGUUGGUGAUGCAUGACCCGAUCUACAGAAUAUUCUAUGUAUCCCACGAUUCCCAAGACUUAAAGAUCUUCAGUUUCAUCUCCAGGGAUGGAACUAGCAAUACUUUCAGAUGCAACGUGUUCAAAUCCAAGAAGAAGACACAGGCUAUGCGUGUAGUGCGCACCAUCGGCCAGGCCUUCGAGGUGUGUCACAAGCUGAGUCUGCAGCACGCCCAGCAGAACGCGGACGGACAGGCAGACGGGGCCAGCGAGAAGUCCGUAGAGGAGGUGCAGCCCGAGGGUCGCCAGUUAACUGGAGCAGAGCGGGAGGAGGAGAGGCAGAUGGACAGGGAUCUCGAGGGCUCCACUCUGUGUGAGCAGGCGGUCUCCGAGAUCCUGCAGAGCCUGGCCGAGCUCGACGUGGUCAAGUCAACCCAGAUCCUCAAGGAGAGCAACUUCCAGGAUGUUGAGGACUGCUCUGUGUACAAAGCCGUGGCUCACAAGAGCCUGUCUCCCAGCAGCCCUUGCUCCCCGGCGCUGACUCCCCUGGCAAUCCAACACCACCUGCAGCUGAUCCAGCACCAGCUUCAUCAGCAGCAGCAGCAGACGCAGGUGGCAGUGGCACAGGUCCAGCUCCUGAAGGACCAGCUGUCUGCAGAGACUGCAGCCCGGAUUGAGGCCCAGGCCCGGGUCCACCAGCUCCUGCUCCAGAACAGGGACCUCCUGCAGCACGUGGCCCUGCUGGUCGCACAGCUCAAAGAGCUUGAGGUCAAAGUGCAGUACACUCACAACAAUGAGAAAAGCUCCCUCUGGAAUUCUGUGUCAACGCAGUCUCUGUCACUCAACUUGAAGAACCACUACAGCCUGGGAACUGAGCUGCCCGUCACCUCCACUCCAGCGGGGGAGCUAGUGAGCACUGCUGCCCCCCUAGACCAGAUGGAUGGGGCCGAGUCCUACCUGAACCUCCUGAACCUGGAGAAGGGGGCGGUCCUUGAUAGCCUGAAGGAGGAAAGCAAUGGGAAGAAAGAGGGAGACUGGAGCACGGAAGGGUCGGAAGUCAAGGCCAAUGAGAACGCUUUCCUGAAGAUUGACAGCUGGACUUACAAAUCAGGGAAUGACAAGUUUCAACAAAUCGUCCCCAAGCUCAACCCACCGCCUCCACCCCUCAACAGGAAGCGACCAAUUAGAACGCUGUCUCCGGGUCAGGAGGCGGAACCCAAUGCCACACCCGUUUCCAUAGAGCGUGUGAACGGCAGCCUGUCUCACCACCACAACACCACAAGCUUCACUGAUGUCACUGCCGGCACUUUCACCACAUCUGAUUUCGAGUCUCUUGAUGGCGAGAGCAAAGCUCAGCCCCCGAUUGAAUCCCAGAAACCAUCUCUAGCCUCUUUAAAAGAGGGACUGUUUAAAGAGAAUGGGACUUUGCAUUCUUCAAUUGAAAGCUACAGCAGUAAACUUGCAGAUAAACCUGCUUCCCUCUCAAAUGGCAUCAAAACGAGCCCGGCCAAGAACGUGGGAACCCUGGAAACCAACCACAACAGCACGCUUCCGUUUCCUUCUGCUUCCGACGAGACGUGCCUCCACAUUAGCUUCUCUGAGGAUGAGCUGCUUGACAAUGAAGCUGAUGAUUCCAGCUUGCCUCUGCAGAGUUAAGAUGCUACCAGCAACCUUAAGAAAUGCUGCCAAGACUAUGGAAUUUAUUCCAGGUUGAUUUAUUGGGAGGCAGCUACGGCUGUUCCAAGCAUUUCUUUAUAUACAACUACGGCCAAAGGUUUUGCAUCACUGAGAUUUUUACUUGAGAUAUAAUUUAAAACAAAAACUAUAUGAAGAUUUUUU